UUAAACGCCUUAACCCGUUUCCAAGCUGCAAAAAAGGAAAACGGAAGCCGAAGAUCUCUGGAAAUCCCGAAAUUACAGAACCCAACAAAUUAUUUUCCAGUAAUGCUUAACCUUGGAACAAAGUUAAAGGCAUGGCAUGGGCAUAAGAAAUACCCUGUUGUAGUCCUAGUUAUGUUUGUGGUAUCAGUCUCAGUUGCUUUGGUAUUCCUUUUCAACAAAUAUGAAGAAAACCCAAUUCCGGUACCUGGACUGCCAUCGGAUAGAAAAUGGAAUAGGUUUGAGUCUUUGGUGCAAUUUAAUCCGAAGAGAGAAUUCCGGAAUGGGACGGAUUUGAUAUGGCAAAUACCCGAUUCGCCUGAGGCUGUUCUUUUUCUAGCUCAUGGAUGUAGUUGUAGAGCUGUUAAUUUCUGGGAUAAGUCUCCUAAAUGUCCUGAAUGCGUUGGUUUGCCUGAGGAUAGGCUGCUUGUGCUUCAUGCUCUUGCUCGUAAAUUCGCUGUGUUGACUAUAUCAAGUGUAGGGGAAUGCUGGACAUUUGGGAAGGAAAGGUUGAUUGUUGAAGAUAUUUUAACAUGGUGGGUUAAGAGACAGAACCUUGGAAAGCUUCCUCUUGUGGCUUUGGGGGCUUCUUCUGGUGGGUAUUUUGUAUCUGCAAUUGCUAAUGAUUUGAAGUUUAGUAGUAUUACACUUAUGAUCGCUGAAGGCUUAUUUGAUCGCAUGGACAUCAAAGAGGACUAUCCACCUACCCUUUUUGUGCACAUGCCAAAAGAUACACAUAGGCAACAAAAAAUAACUGAAUUUAUGCAAGUCUUGAGAAGUAAAAGGGUUGAUGUUGCAGAGAUUAAAUGCAUGGAGUUGCCUCUGUCACCAACCUUUUUGUCUGAUAGAAUCCCAGGUGUUGGUCAGACUAUUUCGGCUAUGUUGUUCGAUUUGUUCAGGGAGAAAGGCUUUGUCGACAAGAAUGGAUAUAUGAAACGGGACGGACGUGCAACAGGUUGGGAAGAUGCUAUCCAGGAUAGUAAGCCUAAUUUGCUGGAAAACCAUUUGGUGCAUCCUGUUCAGGAGGAGCUAAAUCUUGCAUUUGCGUAUCACGAAAUGACUAGUUUGCAAUCCGAAGAUAUUCUUAAAUGGUUCGAAUCUCAUAUGACCUGAGCAGCCGUCUAUUGUACCACAGUACUGACUGUGUGAAAGGUGAUGGGUGAUACACUGUUCAUAGUAACAAUACCUCAACUUGAGCUGGACAAAUUUGUUUAAUGUUUGAAGUUUGUCUUUAAAUAACCAAAGACUAAGAUGUAAAGCUGCAGGAUCCAUUAUGUAUUAGGUAAAUUUUACUGUAUGUGGGAAACAAACCAAUCUUCAUUACACUGAAUACUAUUAUUCACUUUAUGUUUUGAAUUGCAAAAUGUCCAUUGUUUGCUUGCUUGCUUUGAAUGAAUGAUCUUUAUGUAUUAUCUAUAUAUACUUUUUGA